AUGAAUUUACUUAUGUUUGAAGAUGCAUGUGAACAUAUGGCCAGAAUCGCCCGAAUUUUGAAAUUUCCACAAGGUCAUGCUUUUUUAUUAGGAAUAGAAGGUACUGGGAAAUAAAGUGCAGCAAAAAUUGCUUGUUUUUUAAUGCAAAUAAAAAUUUUCUAAAUUGAUUUAAUAAAAAAUUAUACUUUUAGGAAUUGGAGGGAUGAUUUAAAGAAUGUUUUGACAUUUACAGGUAUUGAAAAUAAGUCUAUAGGUUUUAUUUUAAGAGAUACAUAAAUUUAUUAGUAUUCUUUCAUAAUGGAAGAUAUUAAUAUAGUAUUGAAAAAUGCUGGUGAAAUCCCAGGGCUUUACACUUAGAAAGAUUUAGAAGAAAUUAUGUAAUCUUGUAAAUACGACUAAUGGCCUUAAGAAGCUUUAAUUGGUGUAGGAAAACUUUAAUUAUAAAAUUUCCAUAUAAACGAAGAAAAUAAUGAAGAAAACAUAAAAAAUUAAAAAAAUAUGGAAGAUUAAGAAAUAAAUUAAAUAACAUUAGUAUUGACCAAAAUACACUAAAGUGUGUAAAAAGCAAGCAUUAAAUUUAAAAAAGAACUCAAUAGAACAAAUUAUGUUACCCCAGCCAGCUUUUUAGAAUACAUAAGUACUUUUAAAAAUUUGAAUAUUUCCAAAAAAGAAGAAAUCGCAAAUUCUAUUUCUAGACUCAAAAGCGGGCUUGAUAUACUUGAAGAAGCUAAUAAAUAAAUCAAAGAAAUGGAAGCUGCCCUUAAAGAAAUGUAACCUUAAUUAUUAGCAGCUUAGAUUGAAACUGAAAAAAUGAUGGAUUCUUUAAUUGAAGAGAAAAAUAAAGCUGAUGCAAAGCAAAAAAUAGUUGCUGAAGAGGAACUUAUAGCCUCUUUAUAAUAAUAAGAAGCCACAAAAUUAGCUCUAGAAGCCGAAAGUAGUGUUGCCGAGGCUAAUAUAAUCCUUUCUUUGACUUUAGCAGAAGUUUAGAAGCUAAAAAAGGAGCAUCUAGUAGAAAUAAAGGCUUUAGGAAGUCCUCCUUAAGCCGUGAAAAUAACUCUAGCGGGAGUAGUAAUACUAAACACUGAAAAAAUAAAAUAAAACGGCGGAGAAAUAAUAAUGCAAGUAAAAGAAGGGCAAUAAUUAACUAUGAAAAAAGAAGAAAACUAUUUCGAAACUGCAAAAAGAUACCUUUUAAACGACACAAGAGAACUACUUGAAAUGCUAAUGAAUUUCGACAAAGACUCCAUUUAAUAAUCAACUAUAAUUAAACUAGAGUAAAAAGUACUUAGUAUGCCAGAAUUUAAUAUUCAAAGUGCAGAAAGAUGUUCUUAUGCGACAAAAUUCUUAUUUAUGUGGGUAAAGGCAAUGGCUGAUUAUUAUAAAGUAUAUUCCGAUUCGAAACCUUUGAGAGAAAAAUUAAUUUAAAUGAAAAAAAAUGUUGAAGAAAAAACAUAGGAAUUAUUAAUUAAAAAAGAUGCUUUAUAAAAAAUUAAUGAGUAAAUUUAACUUCUUUAGUUUGAUUUUGAUUAAAAAAUGAUACAAAAAAAUAAUUUUACCUAAUAGAUUAUACUAUGCUAAUAAAAAUUGUAAAGAGCUUAAAAAUUAAUAGAAUGUCUUCAUGAAGAAAAAUUAAGAUGGGCGUCAGAUAUUUCCAAAUUGUAAAAAAAAAUCAAGCAAACAAUACCUUUAUCACUAUUCUCAUCUGCAAAAAUAACCUAUAAUGGUCCUUUUACAUAAAAAUAUCGCCAAAGAUUAUCAGAAAAAAUCCAAAAAAUAAUAUUAAAAUAACCUGCUUUCCAUAACGUAUAAAAAGACUAAUUUGAUAUUUAAAUAUUUCUAUCGAGUUCUUUGAAAAUCCAACAAAUGCAUAUGCAAGAACUCCCAAAGGAUGAAACAUCUAUAGAAAACGGAAUUAUAAUGGACAAAACUCCGCGCUGGCCUUUAAUAAUUGAUCCAUAAAAUCAAGCAAAUAAAUACAUAAGGAAUUUAUCUCGAGAAAAUCCAGAAGGUUUUGAAGUAGCGAAAGUGAACUAAAAAACUCUUUUAAAAGUUUUUGAAACCGCAAUUUAAAGCGGAAAAUAUCUUUUAUACGAAAAUAUAGGCUUAGAUGAUUUAGAAACUGCCUUAGAGUCAGUUUUUGUGAAAAAUAUAAGUGAAUUUGGAAAUAAAAUGAUAAUUAACAUAGGAAAUAAAACACUGGAGUAUAUGGAUUCUUUCCGACUUUUUAUUACUUCUUGUUUACCAAAUCCUAAUUUUCCUCCAGAAUACUAUGUCAAAUUUACAGUUAUUAAUUUCGCAGUUACUCCUUAUGGUUUAGAGGAAUAAUUGCUAGCAUAAAUUGUUAGUUUAGAAAAUCCAGAUCUCGAAGAAAUGAAGAUUGUAAUAGUAAAAAAAAAUGCAAAAGAAGAAAAUGACUUAUUAAAAAUUGAAGAUUAGAUUUUAAAAUGCUUAUCCGAUAUAAAAGAUAUAAACGAAAUUUUAAAAGAUGAAAACCUUAUAAUAUAAUUGUAAUCUUCUAAAAUGUUCGCAUAAGAAAUAAACGAAAGAGUAACACAAAGUUCAGAAUAUAUAAAAUCUCCUCCUUUAGACUUAUAAAAAAUAUGUAGAGACUCCACGAACAUAACUCCUUUAAUAUUCGUAUUAUCUCCUGGAUCUGACCCUUUAAUUCAUUUCAAAAAAUUAUCCGAAAAUGAAAAAAUGUUAAAGAAAACAGCCUACAUAUCUCUAGGCUAAGGCCAAGGUCCAAAAGCUGAAAAACUUAUAAAAGAAUAUGUAUAAAAAGGAGGUUGGAUAAUGCUACAAAACUGUCAUUUAUGUUAAUCUUGGAUGCAUAAUUUAUCCCUAAUAUGCCAAGAAUUAAACGAAAAUACAAACAAAGAUUUCCGUUUAUGGUUGACAUCGAUGCCUUCUGCUGAUUUUCCAAUACAAAUUUUACAAAACAGUAUUAAAAUUACCAUGGAGCCUCCUUAAACUGUCCGUGAGAAUCUUGUGAAUACAUUUUUUCAAAUUAAAGAUUUAUAAACCUACGACUCCCUUUCCAAAUACUAACAAAAAUUAAUUUUUUCCUUUUCCCUUUUUCAUUCUGUUAUCCAAGAAAGGAAAAGAUUUGGAUCUAUAGGAUGGAAUCUUCAAUACGAAUUUACAAAUGAAGACCUUAGUGUAUGUUUGAAAUAACUUAAUUUUAUAUUCUAACAAAAAUAUGAUAUUAUUCCUCUAAAAGUGCUCAUUUUUUUAGGCGCAGAAAUUAAUUACGGAGGAAGAGUGACAGAUAAUAAUGAUUUGAAGCUAAUAAACUAAAUACUAACAGAUUAUAUAGAAAACGAAGAAGAGUUUUCAUUAAAUUCUAAAUAAGAAGUUCUCGAUUUUAUUUAAUAAAUGCCCAUAAAUACUACCCCUGAAUUCUUUGGACUACAUUCAAAUGCUGAAAUUAACAAUUCAUUAGAAAAUCUCCGCUUUUUAUUAGAAAAUGCACUCCUUUUAUAACCCUCUUAUUAAUAUUAAGAAGAAAAUUCCUCCAAUUAUUUUUUCCUUAAAUGGAUUGAAUUAUAAAAAGCACCUUCCCCAAUUUGGAUUUCAUCAUUCUUUUUCCCUUAAGGUUUUUUAACUGCUACUAU